UGAGUGCAUCAUUGAUGCAAAAGGCGUGUUUCCUUGUAAAUGUCAUUUCCUGGGACAACAACAGUCAAGCACAUUUUGACGAGACAGACUGGCACAAGUUAUUUCCUUUAUGUUACUGUCUAUAUGGUUAUUACCACAAGAGCAUUUAGUUAUGUGGAAACACUCAGUGCUUCUCCAUAGAAGGUGUAUCCAAACAUCUGCUACUACACUGAAGAAGGCGCCUCAAAAUCUAAAGGGAAAGAGUCCGGCUGACCAACGCUGGAUUGUCAGGCAACUUAAGGAUCCUUUUGUGAAAGCUGCUCACGUUCAAAACUAUCGCUGCAGGAGCGCUUUCAAGUUGUUGGAGAUAGAUGACCAGCACAAGAUUCUGAGACCAGGCCUUAGUGUGGUAGAUUGCGGUGCAGCUCCUGGUGCAUGGAGUCAAGUUGCUGUGCAAAGAGUAAAUGCAACCGGGGAAAAUCCUGAACAGCCCUGCGGGUUUGUCAUCGGAGUCGACCUCCUGCAUAUUGCCCCUGUCGACGGUGCACACUUCCUGACCAAUCAGGACAUCACCAGCCCUGCCACCCAUGUGGAGCUUCAGAGGCUCCUGCCAGGUGGUCUUGCUGAUGUCAUCCUAAGUGACAUGGCACCCAACGCCUCAGGUUUCCGUGAGAUGGACCAUGAGAGACUGAUCACCAUGUGCCUUUCUUUGCUGGACCUUUCUGACAAGGUGCUUACGCCGGGAGGCUGCCUUGUCUGCAAGUGCUGGGAUGGAGGUCUCACCUGGAAACUCCAACAGGGACUUGCAGAAAUAUUUAAAGAAGUAAAGACAGUUAAGCCAAAGGCGAGCAGAAAAGAAUCUGCUGAACUGUUUUUUCUGGCAAAAUUGUUCAAAAAGAGAUAAAUGUGGAUCAUGCCAUUUGUAGCCCAUAGAAUAUUUGAAUAGGAAUCAAACAUUUAUCAUCAUAUCAUUUGAUUUUUGACAAAUGAUUCCAUGGUCACCUGCUCCUGGUUCGAGGAGAUACUGUAUGUCUCUCUUUGACAUGUAAAAUAUAAAAUGAUCUGGAAAGAUUCACAUAUAGUAAAAUUCAACAAUUAAAUUUAUAAUGUGGUUUGCAUGAUCA